AUGAAAUUAAGUACUGUAAGAAGUUUGUUUGAAUUUAGAGACACAACAACUGAAGGAAUUUUAGAAAAUCUGAUAGGGUCUGUAGGUAUGUCUAAAAUAAAUCUAUAAAAUUUAGGAUAACUUUAAGGUUUAGGAUUACCUGAUAUAUGCAUAAUAUGUAAAAAGCAACCAUUAGGGAUGUUUAAAUCAGGAUUUGAUCAAUGGUCAAGUUUUCAUUGCGUUUUAGGGAUUUGCCCAACUUCUUAGGCAGAAGUUUCAGCUUAUAUUUAAUCUUUGAUAAUGAAUUAAGAAAAAGACACUUUUUCCAAAAUAUUUGGAAGUGAUGUCAUUAUUUAUAAAGUAAUUUUUUAUUAGUAUUUUAAUUAGAUAACAUAUAUAACAUAUGAUAUAUUUUCAAAAAUCCUCUUAGUUUGUUAAUUUGAAUAACCAAGUGAGGGACUAUCCUAGUUUAAAAAUUAUGGUUUGCAAUAAAACAAAUAAUGUAUACAAUUAUCAAAAAGUCAUUGGGAAGGAGCAUAUAUAAGUGGUGUUUUAAGGUUAUUGGAUGCCAAUUUUAAAAUGCCAAAUAUUGGUAGAUUCUAUAAUUAGACUAGUAUUAAUAAUCCAAAACUAUUAUAAAAUCUUAUUGCAAAACUUCUUUAAAAAAUAUAAGGUUUAGAUAAUUAAUUUCAGGAUCUUAAUAAAAUAAAAUCUAAAUCUGAUAUCCCUCCUUUAAAUGAUAUAAUUUUUUAUCUCAAUUGGCCUUUAAGUCUAAUUUUCAAUUAUUUACACAAUACUAAUUAAUUAGAUUUAUUACUUGAUUAAUUCAAUAAUUUAGAUGACAACACAAUUUUUAAAUUAAUCAAAUCAUUAAUUCACUAUAGAAUGAAGUAAAAAAAUGAAUUGAUUUUAGGAAUUACAAAAAAAGUUUAUAGGAAUUAAUAAAAUUGUAAGAAUCAAAUAAUUGGUUUAAUCUUCCGAAAUUCAUUAUGGCAAAUGUUUUUAUUAAGUAAAGUAAUUAUGAGAUGGCUUUUAUUCUAUUAAAAGAUUUGAUUAUCGAAUGUUAUGAGAAUUAAACUAUUUGGAUAACAAUGGUAUAAUAUGAAUUAAAAAUUAGUCUAAAAUAUUUCGUAAAUAAAAGUUAUUUCAAAUUAGUUUGAUUUUUAUAAAUAGAGCAUCUGCUUUACCAUUAAAAUAGACAGUGAAAUAAUUAUGGAAUGAAAUGAAUAUAAUGAAUUAUAGGUUGUUGACUCAAAAUAAAAAUUUAUAAUAAUAAUCUUAGUUAGAUUAGAUAUAUAAGAUUGUGCAUCCUUUGGCAGCAGAUAAAAUUGAGAGCUAUGUUUAAUUGUGUGGUUAUCCAAGUAUAGAAAAUUUACUUGUUCGCCCAAGAUUGAAUAAUAAGAAAGAUUAGAAAGUAUUUUUAUUUUUUAUAACUUAGCAUAUAAUUGAAAUGAUGUCUAAGCAUUUUUAAAGACCAGAAUGUAAAGUCAAUCCUUAAACAUAUGAAACUCUUAUGCAUAACGAUCUUUUAGAAAUUGAUAGUGAAUUAACUAAUAUUCUCAAAGAAGUUAUUAAGAUUUAACAUGUAGUUGGUUAUCAAAAAUUAAAAUCUUAUAUCAAUUAAUAUUUUUAUACAACAGCAAAAGUAGUCUAAAAAUAAAUUGAUUAAAUAUAUGACCCAAGUGAAUUUUCAAUUGCAAUCAAAAAUUAAAGAAAUUUAAACCUUAAUAUUAGUUAAAUAAGCAAUACAAAUGUAUAAAUGUUAUUCUUAUUUUUAAAGAAAAGCAUGUGUAAUCCAAGACUACAAGAAGACAUAGAAGACUGUGAUUCUGAUGAAGAACAACCAGAGUUUCUUAAAAAAUAAAAAAUUAAUAAAUCAUUUGAUUUUACUAAUAUUGGUCCUCGAAUGUAUUAGACUCCUCAACAUAAUAAUAAAGUUACAAAAUCUCCAUUAAAGUUUACAAGCAUGAAAAAGAAAUAAUAAUAAAUAAAAAAGGCAAAUACUAUAAUUAUAGAAAAUGCAUUUGAAAGUGUGGAAUCAGAAAGGUAAAAUAAAUAAUUUAUUACUAUUGUUAACAGAGUUAAUAUAUAGUAAAAUGAAAUGAUUUCAUAAGCUCCUAAAUCAGGUUAGGAUGCGACUCAACCAACAAAAUCAUAAAUUUAUGGUUUGAUAUCUUAUUUAAAUUAAAAUUUAAGUCAAUAAGAAUAAGUGUAGAUGAAUGAAUAAUUAAAAAGAAGAAAAGAAUAGAUAAAUAAUCUAUUAAAUGGAAUGGUAGAAACAAUUAAUAAAAUAUAAACUGAAUUAGAUUUAUUAUUUUAUCCUUCUUAAGAAUCGAAUAAACAACAAUUAAAUUAACAAAACUAAUAAUAAAAUUAGACAUAAAAUUAACAACCUGCUAAUGCAUCAUCUCCUUUGUUUAAAUCAAAUUUAAAGAAAGCUUUAUAGACUAAGUAACAUUUAGGUGGAUAAGUUGAGUUAAAAGAAUUUUAUAUUGUACAACCAUUAAAUGAAGAUGAACCAGACAAAGAAAAAACCUAUAUAGCAUUUAUAAAAGCUGAGUCAAUGUUUUUAUAUAAAUGUGCUCGAUUAGCAUAGAAAUUAAAGAGAAAUGAUUUAUGUUAUUCUAUCUUAUAACGGCUUAAUAGCAGAAUUAUAUCUGUAUAAAUCACAGCCCUUUUCUUUAAUGUUAUAAAAGAUAACAAUAAAUUAUUGAUUAGAUAGUAUUUAUAUAAAGUAUAUAUAGAAUUCAAAAAAUGUUGGCAGAUUUUUAAGAAUGUGGAAUCAGCCAAGUGGGAUUUGUACCACUAUGGAUUGAAAUGAAGAUUGUUAAAAUGACCAAGUAAUAUGGAGCCAAUUAAAUUCUUGCUUUAUUAUCUUCAUCAGAGACUGACUUCACAUUUUAUUUAAUUAAAAAGAUCAUUCUAUCAACUGAUAAUUUAAUUUGA